AUGGCGACCUCUGGAGAAGGCAGUAACCCCAGUGGCAGAGCAAUACCCUGGCCCCUGGCACAGCUGUGGGAGCUCGAGCCGAGGGUGGCCCGCCGACGCCUGUCCCAGGCCCGCCACCGAGCCACCCUGGUGGGGCUGUUCGGCAACCUCCGGAAAAUGGUCUACUCCCAGUCUGAUCUCACAGCCUCAAAGUGGCAGGUUUUGAAUAAGGCGAAGAAUCAUAUUCAGGAGCUGGAGCAAACCUUGGACAAUCUUCUGAAGAUGAAAGAAUCCUUCAGGCUGGAGGACGGGAAUGCAAACAGCUUAGAGGAGGUCAAGGCAGAAUAUGCCAGCAUGUACUCUGGAAAUCACAGCCUGGUCUCAAAUAAGUUUUGUCAUAAUGGCUCUGCCAACUGGUGCCCAAUUGAGGCAGUUGGGAAGGAUGCUGAGGGGGAGGAAGAGGAGGAAGAAGAGGGGGAAGACCAAGAAGAGGAGGAAGAGGAGGAAGAGGAAGAAGAGGAAGAGGAAGAAGAGAAGAAAGUGGAGCCCUUACACUCCCCAAUCACCUUGUUGCCAGACCUCAUGGAAUUUGAACGGUAUCUCAACUUUUACAAACAGAUGAUGGACCUUCUGAUCGGGAAUGGGAUUGUCUCCUCACAGGAGGUGACACUCCCCAUCGUCUCUGCAGCCAUCUCCCACCUGUGGCAGAACCUCUCUGAGGAGAGGAAGACCAGUCUCCUGCAGGCCUGGGCACAGAGGAACAGCGGCCUCCUGGGCCUUGCUGGUACCUAUCAGGAGGCAGGCUGUGCCGAGGGCAGCAUGAAGGACAGUGGGGUUGACAGCCAAGGAGCCAGCUGCUCACUCGUCUCUACCCCAGAGGAGAUACUCUUUGAAGAUGCCUUCGAUGUGGCAAGUUUCCUGGACAAAAGUGAGGCUCCAAGUACUUCUAGCUCUAGUUCAGCAUUUGCCGGCAGCAACCCAGAAAAUCCAGAGGAGAAGUUUCAGCUCUACAUGCAGAUCGUCGAUUUUUUUAAAGGCCUUUGCUGCGUUAACACUCAGUUAAAACAGGAACCAGACCUCCCCGUUGAUGAUGAGAUGAUCAUGUUGAGGUGCAUGGAGACCUUCGAUGAUGAAGACCUGUGACGCACAAGGGCUGGGAAGGGAGGGGGUGAACGGGGGUGGGCAGCUUCCAAGUACUAUGCCGACAGCCAAAGCCGUACCUGCCUCAGCCUUCCGGGACAUUUUGGAGUGGCUGUCCCAGAGCAUUUGGAUGGUUUCCGUUUCCGAUUG